AUGGACCAUCCGCCGCGACCGUCAACGGCGUCAGUCCCAGGACCGGCUGAGAACGCAUCAGAGUCCAAAUCGAGCGUACGUAACGAGUACUUCGGCUACGGCUUUGGCCCAGAAGCGCCUUCAAGAUACCUCCCGUUUCCUGCAACCGCGAACAUUACCGCCGUAGAGCUCCUCGCAUUCCUUCCAAACAGCAUACACUGCGCUGACGUGGUGUACCGCCUGAUCACGAACGGCGCGACUCCGACUCAGGUGUGCGCCAUUGUGAACACUUACAGAGAGCUUCCAAAGGAGUGGCCCCAGGCCAGCUGCCGGCAGAGCAUCUACAAGACGAUGGACCAAGGUGGGUACAAAGACUGGCGGCUCCAGACGCAUGGUAGCUUCCACAAAGAGAGAAAGUCGACCUGGGACGAUGCCGAUCUCAACGUUGCAGGGUUCUCGCCACCUAGUGGAAAUGUCGAAAUCCCUCCGACAGAGAUACCCUUCAAGAAGCUAGCCAUAGACCUGAGCUGCAUGCCGCAGGGCCAUGAUGCGCUAGAUCUGACUCGCAUGGUGGAGUAUUGCGUGCAGAAUCCACAUGAGCCGUGGUUCUACCCUCGCGACUACGACAAGGUAUUGCAGCUGGUGGGAGGCGCAGCUACUGUUCGAAAAGAGCAUAGCGAUGGCGCUGCUUCCCAACGAUGGGCUGGUAUAAAGCCUUCUCUUUCUCAAGACGCGUCAACCAGCGCUCCGCUCGUGCCAGUCAAGAAAAAGAAAGACGCUAAGCGAAAGAGAAAGAGUGACAUAGAAGAAGACUUGCCAGUAUCAAGGAGACAGAAAGAAGCAGUCCCUCCACCCAAGGGCGGGACACCAGAGUCAGAAACAGAGCAUGACAUGCAAGCGCUGAGAGGAAGGCCGGGAAAGUCUGUAUGGUUUGAUGAUGAGCCUGUCGUUGAAGGAUUUGCCGAAGAGGAAGAAGAAGAGGUGGAGGAAGAGGACGUCAUGGCCAGCGCCAGCAGAGACCUUGAGAGAACAAGUUAUGCCGCGCCUCCAGAAGAUUCAGUCGUGCCAUGGGAGACAGCGCUUGCAAACGCACAAGAUGAGGACGCGAUGGACAUGGCGUUCUUUUUCGAACGUCAAGCAGGAGAGACUGAUGCAUACGGCCCAUACGCCUUCGGUGGACCCCGUCACAAGCCGCCUUACCGACCGCUGUACCGCAUCGACCAACCAGACCCAUCUGAUGCAAGCGGUUGGGCGGAGAAUCUGAGGUGGGCAUUCGAACAGAACACGCUUUACCGAUACCCUCACCGCCCCGACGCUUGGAACGAAAGCCCAGAGCACAUGGAGCUCAUCGUGAAGAUUCGGAUCGACCGGUACUGGAUGUCGGAUGAGUUCGCGGCGAUGAUUGACGAUUAG